AUGGGGGCGGAAGACGGCUCAGCCCCGGCUGAGGCGGGGGAGGAUCCCCCACCCCCGCCCAGGCCCGGACGAAUGGGCGCGUGCGAGGUUUGCGACGAGGCUCCCCCCGCCAAGUACCGCUGCCCCGCGUGCGCCGUCGCCACCUGCUCGCUGGCGUGCUCCAAGCUGCACAAGACGCGCGGCGGCGGAUGCUCGGGCAAGCGCGACCGCGCCGCGUUCAAGGACAUCCGAGAGUUUACCGACGCCGACGUCAUCAACGACUACAGGUUCUUGGAGGAGGCGCUGCUGGAGAAGGACCGCGUGAAGCGGUGGAGGCCCGAGUACACGCCGGGCACGGAGGCGGCGCAGCGAUCGGAACGACCGCCCGCGUCCGCUAAGAUCGUCGCGACCCUGACGCGCGAGGCGAGGGCGCGAGGCGUCGAGCUGUUCUGCAUGCCCGACGGCAUGGCGCGCCGCGUCGCGAACACCACGUUCUUCGACCGCCGACGGAACGUCAUGCGGUGGAGGGUCGAGUGGACCUUCCACGCGGCCGGGGAGGGGACGAACGAUGAUGGGGGCGACGAGAAGUGUGGGAUGUUGAUCGAACCGGCAGCCACCGCCGAGGACGCCGAGCUCGACGAAUCCACGACGCUGCUCGACGCCCUUCGCGUGCACCUCGCGCCCGGGCCGGGGCGCGCGUCGAGGCUGCAUCGACUCAGACGGUUCGUGGACGCGAUGAAGGGGGAAGACCCUGAGGGAUUGACGACUCUCGCGGUUCACAUGGAGAAGGAGGGAUGCCCGGCGAACGACAGGAGGCACUACCGCCUGGACGCGGGGAAGACCCUGAGGGAGUGCCUGGAGGGUAAGCGGGUGGUGGAGUUUCCCCGGCUGCACGUCACAGUGCUGCCGGAGGACGAGGGAAAGUUCAGGGAGCCCGACGCGUGA